AUGGCUCCAGAAAUUUCGAGGCAAAGAGAAGCCAAAGGAACCUUCACAAAAAACUUCCAUGACCAAUAUGAAAAAUGGGUCAAUCUUAGCAACGAAGAAAGCAGCAAUAGUCCCAAAACAAAUCAUCUUUGUGCAGGAGCUCUGAAGAAUAGGGAGAAGGAUGACGAAGAGGAUCGUGUGGAAACCGACUCUAAAUAUCCGGGCCAGGUAAUUCAUGGUUUUGACAAUGAGAUCACGUCACUGAAAAACUUCUUGUUGGAUCAAAAAGUUUACAAGGAGUUCAAGAGUCUUGUGAUUGUUGGAGAAUAUGGUGUUGGAAAGACAACAUUAUGCAAGAUGAUCUUCAAUGAUACAGAUGUGAGGAGUGUUUAUGCCCCAAGGAUUUGGGUUUCCAUGCAUAGCAAUGAAUCUAAGGAGGGACUUGAUGGGAAGAUAUGUGUGUUGACCAAGAUCUUGAAGGGUCUCGGAGUUGAAGAUUCGGUGUUUGAAUCCAUCCAUAGAGAAGUAGUAGAAGAAGAUGCAAACAGGAAGGAAGCUGGAGAAUUUGAUGAAGAGACGGCGAAAGAGGACGAGCUCUCUGCUCUGCUCUAUGCACUUCACUUGAAUCUGAGGUGGAAGAAGUAUCUGAUUGUCUUUGAUGAUGUGCGCGAAGAGGACAACUGGAACGAGAUUCUUCAGCAUGAUGCGGAGAAACUCAAGAAAGAGAGUAAAUGGGGAAAGUAUCUGUCAGAUGGAUUCCCUAACGGAUCUGGUGGAAGAGUCAUAUACACGACCAGGGAUGAGAAAUACACUCUAGCAAAGAAGUUAGUUAAAGAGGAACAUGAGAUACAUCGUCUUUGGCCUCUGACUGAUACUGGGAGUGUCUGGAACAUAUAUAAAGAAGCACUUGAACAGAAUGAGGAAACGCCGCCAAGGAACGACAAGAAAUGCUUAGAUGAGCUGAUGAACAAGUCUCGUGGUCUUCCUUUAGCUGCUAGACUGUUGGCUACGCUUCUUCCUGUGUUUCUUGACGAUGAGAAAGCUGACCCGAACGGGUCUACAAGUGGAACUACCGAAUCAGUUAACAACACUACAUCAGGUGAGAAUGGAUCUAUUCUACCUAAGCAUGCUUGAAAAGGUGUAAACCUGAAAGAGCUCAUUUCCAUUGUGUUUUUUUUCUUUUUUCUUUUGUUUGCUUUUGUUUUCCUUGUAAACUGUUUUGUUGUUGUCUUUAGUGUCACUUUAUGUUUUUUGAGCUUAGUUUCUGCAAAUGUAACAUUGAUAGAGAAACAUGGUAGAUCU